AUGUUCAACCAGCUACAAGAACAUAUUGACAUACUAAAUGGGGAACUAAGAAGGAGAAUAUUGAAGAGGAGGAAGGAGAAGAAAAAGAGGAAGGAGAUCUAUAGAAUAUCAGCCUCACUAAAGGAGAAACUGAGAAGGAGAAUAAUGAAGAGGAAGCAGAAGAAGGAGAAGAUUGUGAAUGAUCACGGUUUGAAGAUGGUGAAUGUGUGUAUUGAAGAUCUGUUUGAGAAGAUUGAUGAUGUUGACAAGGAUGAGGGCCAGAUUGAAGAUGAGAAUAUGGAGGUGGAUGUGGACAAUGUGGACCAUAUUGAGGAUCAGAAUGUGGAGAAUGUGGAUCAGAUUGAUGAUAAUGAAAAUAUUGAGGUGGAGAAGGGGGUGGAGAAGGGGGUGGAUGAUCUAGAGAAGAAUGAUGAAGAUUUGGUGAUUGAGAAGGUGGAGGGCCAGAUUGGGGAUGAGAAGGUGGUGGAGGUGGAGAAUGUGGACCAGAUUGAGGACAAUGAAAAUAUUGAGGUGGAGAAGGGGGUGGAUGAUCUGGAGAAGAAUGAUGAAGAUUUGGUGAUUGAGAAGGUAGAGGGCCAGAUUAUGAUUGAGAAGCUGGAUGGAGUGAUGAUUGAGAAGUUGGAUGGAGUGGUGAUUGACAAGGGGGAGAAAUAUGAUGUUUUUGUGGAGGACAAUAAGAAGAAUGUGCAGAAGCAUAAGGUGGACAAGGAGGAGUAA